CUAGACACAGGCCUAUCCAAAUUGCCAUUUAGUAGUUUUCAGCUCAUAGACAGAGAGAAAAGAUAAAAACCAUCUGGUGACUGAAAAGAUAUGGAUGGGAGCAGCCUAUCUCUCUCUAUAGCCUCUCAAUUUAAGGCUCUAAUUCACCCAAGGUAACUACAUGGCCCCAACAAGCCUGUCUUAGCAAGAGAAAAAGGACCAUGAAGAAGAAGCUAGAGCUUGAAGACGAGCCAGACCUCGAAAUCCUCAAGGCUGUGGCUCAGGCAUGGCACAGCCACACCGGCAGCUCUAAACCAAUGAAUGAAUUUGAUGCCUCCCGGAGAAAUUUCAAAGGCAACCCUUCUCGGUUCAAGCUACAAGCAACGAGCAAAUCAUCUGCUAAGGACGUCAACAGCAAGGUUGCAACUUGGGACUUCGGGCAGUCGUUAUGUGACUCUUACGAGAUUGUGACCUUGUCCAAAAGGUUAGAGGUAGGGCUACUGGAGUCAGAUAAUAUUCCAUUUACUGGGUUAGAUAGUCAAAGCCGUGUCCAUAGGAGGCGCAAGGAGAGCAAGCAUAGCCUUAGAAAUUUGUUGAAUAAGAUUUCUUCAAGGAGAUAUAAUGAGUCUGCUAUUCCACCGGAAAAGGAUAAUUUGUUUUGAUCCAUUAUAUGUAUAUGAUUAGUGUAGCCUUAAUUACUUUCUGUUA